CUCUCUCUCCAAGGGCGCUUCCCACGCGCGCCUUUGGUCAUUGCGCCUUCAAGGACGCGAGCAGAACCGGAGCGACGCCUCUUUCGCUCGUUUGCUCCCGGAGUGUGUGUGUGUGUGUUACGUGUGUGUGUGUUGUGUGUGUUGUUCCGGGUCGAAAGCCUGAAAAGAUGGCGGCGCCCUUGGAGCUGUAUUGCUGGGCGAGCGGCUGGGGCUUGCCCACGGUGGAUCCGGAUUGCUUGACCGUUUUGACUUACGCCCGAUUCACCGGAGCACCGCUGAAGGUUCACAAAAUCACAAACCCCUGGCGAAGCCCCUCAGGAACUCUCCCGGCGCUGAAGUCGAAGGAUGAUGGCAUCAUCUCUGAGCCCCAACAGAUCAUCACCCACCUCCGAAAACAGAAAUUCAACGCCGAUUAUGACCUCUCGGCUCGGCAAGGGGCGGACACGCUAGCCUUCCUUUCGCUGCUACAGGAGAAGCUGUUGCCAGCGCUGAUCCACACCUUCUGGGUGGACGCCAAGAACUACGUGGAGCACACCCGGAAAUGGUACGCCGAAGCCAUCCCGUUCCCGCUCAACUUCUUCCUGCCGGGCCGUAUGCAGAAGAAGCAGCUGGAACGGCUGAAGACGGUCUGCGGGGAAGACUGCCUAGAAAACGAGGAGGAGCUGGAGAAGGAGCUGUACCGUGAAGCUCGGGAAUGCCUGACCCUUUUGUCCCAGCGCCUUGGAAGACAGAAAUUCUUUUUCGGAGACUCGCCUGCCUCCCUGGACGCCGUCGUCUUCAGCUACUUAGCCCCACUCUUGAAGGCCAAACUCCCCAACCCGAAACUUCAACAGCACCUCAAAUCUCUGCCGAACCUCUGCAAUUACUGCAUGUCCAUCUUAAGCCUUUACUUCCCCUGGGACGAAGGGGACCCUCCACCCAGCGUCCCAAGGGCGGCCACCGGCGAUGGCAACGACAGCGAGGACGAGCCUUACCAACGCCGACACCAAGUCCUAUCGGUCCUGGUGGGGCUGGUGGCGAUGAUCGGGUACGCCCUCCUCACGGGCAUCGUCUCCAUCCAGAAGCAGCCGCCCCAACCUGGGGCGACCCGAGCCGUCACCCUCGACGAGGACGACGAGCAAGACGAGGAUUGAGCCGUACUGUUGGGGAACGUUCCGUUGCGCCUUCUCCAAAUGGACCAUUUAGGGAUUUUUUUGUACUGUUCUGGGGCCCCCUCUCCCUCCCUUCUUGUCCAUUCCAGAAUUUGGGUAGAGGGGAAGCGGUGGGUCACCAAUAAAAAAUCUGUGAACCAGC